UGUCCAACUUCCAGUGCUGUUUGAGCAGUUGGUGGAACCUUUAAGAGGCAGAGCCUCAUCAAGGAAGUGAGUACUUAGAUAUAGCCUCAUGGGUAUUUAUAGCCUGGCCCAACUUCUUCCUUUCUUUUCCUCACUGAGGAUGCAAUGUGACCAGUAGGCUCUGCUCCUUCUACCACAGCUUCCUGCCACGACGGAACUCAUCCCUUCAAAUUGAAACCACCUGAGGACGAAGCAGGAGCCUGACUGAACUGAAGAAAAUGGCUGAGCAUGGGGAGGCCUCCGAGGAUCAAGUUUCUGAGUUUGAUGGUGAAUGUCUCCCUGAGCUCUCUGCUCUUCUCGGGGUGGAUGCAGUUCAGCUGAUAAAGAGCCAAGAAGAAGAAGAGAAUAAAGAACGGAUGAAAAUGAAGAAAGGUUUUAAUGCACAGAUGCGCAGUGAAGCCGAACGACUGAAGACUUUUGUGACCUAUAAUGUGUUCAGCUCUUGGACCCCACAGGAGAUGGCAGCUGCUGGGUUUUACUACACGGGUGUGAGACAUGGGGUUCAGUGCUUCUGCUGUAGCUUAAUCCUCUUUGGUACUAGCCUCAAGAAAGUUCCCAUAGAGAGCCACAGGAAAUUACGUCCCCAGUGUGAGUUCCUUUUGGGCAAAGAUGUUGGAAACAUUGGCAAGUACGACAUACGGGUGAAGAGUCCAGAGACGCUGCCGAGAGGUGGCAAAGCAAGGUACCAUGAGGAGGAGGCCAGACUGGAGUCCUUUGAGGACUGGCCGUUUUAUGCCCAUGGGACAUCACCACGUGUGCUCUCAGCAGCUGGCUUUGUCUUUACAGGUAAAAGGGACACUGUGCAGUGUUUCUCCUGUGGUGGAUGCUUGGGAAACUGGGAAGAAGGAGAUGAUCCCUGGAAGGAGCAUGCCAAGUGGUUCCCCAAAUGUGAAUUUCUUCAAAGUAAGAAAUCCACAGAGGAAAUUAACCAGUAUAUUCAAAGCUACACGGGAUUUCUCCAUGUAACGGGAGAGCAUUUUGUGAAUUCCUGGGCCAGAAGAGAAUUACCUGUGGUAUCAGCUUACAGCAAUGACAGUGUCUUUGCUAAUGAAGGACUAAGAAUGGACACGUUUAAGGACUGGCCCCGUGAAUCACCUAUGGCUGUUGAAGCUCUGGUCAAAGCAGGUCUUUUCUACACAGGCAAAAAGGACAUCGUCCGGUGUUUCUCCUGUGGAGGAUGCAUGGAGAAUUGGAAGGAAGGUGAUGACCCAAUAGAAGAUCACACCAAGUUUUUUCCCAACUGUGUGUUUCUUCAAACCCUGACGGCCUCUGCAGAAGCGAUUCCAGCCCUUCAGAGCCACUGCGCACGUCCAGAAGCCAUGGAAACCACAAGUGAAAGCAACCAUGAGGAUGGAGUAGCAGUUCAUUCUUCUGUGGCAGACUUGGGUCAGAGUGAAGCCCAGUGGUUUCAAGAGGCCAGGAGUCUGAGUGAGCAGCUGAGAGGCACCUACACCAAAGCCAGUUUCCGCCACAUGAACCUGCCCGAGGCGUAUUCCAGCCUCGGCACUGACCACUUGCUCGGCUGCGAAGUGUCCCUCAUUUCAAAGCACGUCAGCCGGCCAGUGCAAGUGGCCCUGACGAUCCCUGAGGUCUUCGCCAAUCUUAGCUCUGUCAUGUGUGUGGAGGGGACUGGCAGUGGAAAGACAACCUUCCUGAAGAGGAUAGCUUUCCUCUGGGCAUCAGGAUGCUGUCCCCUGUUGAACAGGUUCCAGCUGGUCUUCUACCUCUCCCUUCGUUCCAUCAGAGCAGACCAGGGACUGGCCGACAUCAUCUGUGCCCAGCUCCUAGAGGCAGGAGGAUGCAUCAGUGAAGUGAGCCUGAGCAGCGGCAUCCAGCACUUACAACACCAGGUCCUGUUCCUGUUGGAUGACUACAGUGGGAUGGACUCCCUCCCCCAAGCCCUAGACACACUGAUUACCAAAAACUACUUGUCACGGACCUGCUUACUGAUGGCCGUCCAUACCAACAGGGUCAGGGACAUCCGCCCAUACCUAGAUACAGUUCUACAGAUCAAAGAGUUUCCCUUCUAUAAUACUGUCUCUGUAUUACGCAAGUUUUUCUCCCAUAAUACAACACGUCUGUUAGAGUUUAUGGUUUAUUUUGGAAGGAAUGAGGAUUUACAGGGAAUUCACAAAACCCCCCUCUUUGUGGCAGCAGUAUGCAUUGACUGGUUUCAAAAUCCAUCUGACCAGCCCUUUCAGGAUGUGACCAUUUUCAAGUCCUAUAUGCAAUACCUGUUCUUAAAGCACAAAGCUACAGCUGGGCCUCUCCAGGCCACCGUGUCCUCCUGUGGGCAUCUGGCCUUGACAGGGCUUUUCUCAUCGAGCUUUGAGUUCAGUAGUGAUGACCUCGCAGAGGCAGGAGUUGAUGAAGAUGAAGAGCUCACCACCUGCUUGAUGAGCAAAUUCACCGCCCAGAGGCUGAGACCAGUCUACCGGUUUUUAAGUCCUCUGUUCCAAGAGUUUCUUGCUGCCAUGAGGCUCUCAGAACUCCUGGGUUCAGAUAGGCAGGGAGACCAAGAUGUGGGAUUUCAUUAUUUGAGACAAAUUAACUCACCUCUGAAGGCUAUGACCACCUACAAGAAUUUUUUGAAGUAUUUCUCCAGCCAUCCUUCAUCCAAGGCAGCGCCAAAAGUUGUAUCUCAUUUGCUUCAGUUGGUGGAUGAGAAAGAGUCCCUGGAGAACACGUCUGAAAAUGAGGAUUCUGUAAAUCACCCUCCAGAAACCUCCCGGAUAAUGCAGGAAAUUAAGAAAAUGUGGCAGUUGUUUCCUGAAUCUUUCUCUUCAUUCUUUCCAGAACGUUUACUGAACAUUGCCCUAAACUUUGCUUAUCAAAGUAACACAGUUGCUGCAUGCUCUCCAGUUAUUUUGCAGUUCCUUCGAGGGAGGACACUGGCUUUGGAAGUCCUGAAUUCACAGUACUUUUGGGACCACCCAGAAAGCCUGUUACUGUUGGGGAGUUUAAGGGUCAUCAUACAUGGAAGUAAAAUGCCAACAGUUGUAGAUUACUCAGUCAUGGAAAAAUGUUAUGAAACAUUACAGCCACCAACUAUAGAUCAGGAGUAUGCACCUGCCUUCCUACAAAUGAAGGAAUGGAGGAAAAACUUAUCUGAAAAUGAAGAGAACAUAAAGAGUUUUAUGAAUAAUUACCCCUUGCAUCCGCCCAAAAUAAACUCUGGCUAUUGGAAACUGUCCCCCAAGCCUUACAAGAUCCCUAGGCUGGAAGUUGGAGUGAACAACAUGGGUCCGGCAGACCAGGCACUGCUCCAGGUCCUAAUGGAAGUCUUCUCAGCCUCACAGAGCAUUGAGUUCCAUUUAUUCAACAGCAGUGGCUUUCUUGAAAGCAUCUGCCCAGCUCUGGAGCUGAAUAAGACCUCUGUCACCAAGUGUUCCAUGUGCAGGCUGGAGCUCAGCAGAGCAGAACAGGAGCUGCUUCUCACCCUGUCAGCCCUGCAGUCUCUUGAGGUCUCAGGAACAAGCCAGAUUCCAGAUCAGCUCUUCCCUAACUUGGACAAGUUCCUGGGCCUGAAAGAACUGUCUGCAAGAAUAAAUGGCACCCAGGACGUGCUCUCAGUCCUUCCGGGAGAGUUCCCAAACCUCCAUCACAUGGAGAAGCUGAUCAUCCAAACCUCCACGGAGUCUGACCUCUCCAAACUAGUUAAAUUGAUUCAGAACUCUCCAAAUCUGCAUGAUUUCCAUCUGAAAUGUGAUUUCCUUUCAAACUGUGAGUCUCUCAUGGCUGCGCUUGCUUCCUGCAAGAAACUCAGAGAGAUUGAGUUUUCUGGGCGAUGCUUUGAAGCCGUGCCCUUUGUCAAUAUUUUGCCAAAUUUUGUUUCUCUGAAGAUAUUGAAUCUUAAAGACCAACAUUUCCCAGAUAAGGAAACAUCAGAAAAGUUUGCCCAGGCUCUGGGUUCUCUCAGGAAGCUGGAGGAACUGCUCCUUCCCAAGGGGGACGGGAUCCACCAAGUGGUCAAACUGAUUGUCCAACAGUGUCUGCAGCUACCCUGUCUCCGAGUUCUCGCCUUUCACCAGGUCUUGGACGAUGACAGUGUGACUGAAGUUGCCAGGGUGGCAACUAGCGGAGGUUUCCAGAAACUCGAGAACUUAGAUCUUUCAAUGAAUCACAAGAUUACUGAGGAAGGAUACAGAAAUUUCUUUCAAGCCCUGGACAACCUGCCAAACUUGCAAGAGCUGAACAUCUGCAGGCAUAUCCCAGAAUGCAUCCAAGUUCAGGCCAGCACCGUCAAGGCUCUGGGUCAGUGUGUGUCCCGACUGCCCAGCCUCACCAGGCUGAGGAUGCUCAGUUGGCUGUUGGAUGAAGAGGACAUGAAAGUGAUUAAUGACGUGAAGGAAAGACACCCUCAGUCCAAACGCCUGACUGUGCACUGGAGGUGGGUGGUGCCGUUCUCUCCUGUUGUGCAGGAGUAAAGGAAGCUCCUGAAGGCUACUGACAGUUCCAAAUACUUGACGUCCUUUACUUUAGCUGAAAGCACAGUGGUACACACCUGUACUCUCAGCAUUUAGGAUACCGAGAUACAGGAACCAAGAAUUUCAGACCAGAUACUGUCUCACAGCUAAAGAGGUAACUAACCAUCUGGUUAAAGAAUAUUUGUCAACUGUGCAGACUGCUAAUUUUUUAAAGAGCCUGCAUGCCCACUAUUGAAUUUAGUCUCUAUAACGAACAGUGCCUCGGCAGUCCUUAUAUGGUCCUCCCUUCUGAAGACUAGAGCUUCAGUCAUGUUCAUAUACAGCCGAGGUCAACUGGAAGGGGCUGGGGAAAAGAGCAUCGAUCUACGUAGAAGCCACAUCAUGGAAGCAGUGUUUGAUGGAUGCUGGGGCUGUGCAAGAGGAGCUGCAACGCAGUGACAGAACUCAUGGGCUCAGAACCUGGUUAGCACACCCAUGGGUGUGCCUCAGAGAAGACCUUGGGUCCUGAGGACUUCAUGCUGUCAUGAAGUUUUGCUCUGCUUGCUGCCCUCACAGUGCAGCCCUCAAUCUAUGAAUUGUCUGAGAACUCUAAGGGGCCUGCCAGCCCCUCAUUGGCACUAAUGGUAACAGUGCUUGAUCUUCAAGCAUUGCUGCUGGAGCAGGUCAAUGAUUCAAUCACCGCCCUUGGAAAGACCUUAGAAAUGUAGAUUAUUAGAAAUGACCAUCAGUCUUAGGAACAAUUUAGAGAUGCAAAUUGUUAGUAACGAAAGGGUAUGAUGUUUUUCUUGAUGGCCCUGGUCUCGAAAAUCUUAGAACAAUUUGCAGAUCUCAGUGGUCCAGGUUAGGUGAGACUCCUGGU